AUGGAGCACGAGAUGUUCUUACAAAUAGGAUCAGAUAUAAUAAAUGCUGAUGGAGUUUUGGUUAAUACAUGGGAAGCCCUUGAGACUAGCGUGGUUCGAACUUUAAGAAGUGGGAUUAUUAAGGAAAAGAUUUAUCCGGUUGGACCGUUAGUGAGAGGCGGGGAUCCGAACCGGACUAAGAUGGAUCAUGAUCAAGUUUUGAGUUGGCUAGAUCGGCAACCAGCCGAGUCGGUUAUUUUUGUGUCAUUUGGAAGUGGUGGGACCAUGUCAGAGGCACAAAUGGAAGAAAUAGCUUACGGUUUGGAGUUAAGUCAACAGAGAUUCAUUUGGGAGGUUCGACCGCCACAUGGAGAGAAAACCGCUACGAAUCACGGUUCAUUGUUCAAGCUGGGGGACGGUAAAAACACGGACAGCUUGCUAGCGAACUUCUUGAACAGGAGCCACCAGCUUGGACUUGUGGUUCCCAUGUGGGCCCCACAGUCGGAGAUUCUUGAACAUUCUUCGGUUGGGGCAUUCAUGACACAUUGUGGCUGGAACUCCACGCUUGAAGCGAUCACCAACGGUGUGCCGAUGAUGGCGUGGCCGAUGUAUGCGAAGCAGAAGAUGAAAGCAGCGGCGCUAACGGAGGAGCUGGGGGUGGCGGUGAGGGUGAAGAACGGUGGGAAUAAAGCAGAGGUGGUGGAGAGGAAUGAAAUACAGAGGCUGAUAAGGAGAGUAAUGGUGGAAGAAGGUGUGUGCAUGAGAGAGAGGGUUAAAGAACUCAAACAUAGUGCAAAACUAGCUUUGUCGGAGGGUGGAUCGUCUUUUAACUCUUUUCAUCAAUUGGCCAAAAAUCUCAAGUGGAUAUGA